AGUAAUAGAUUGACACUUCCCAAGAAUGGAAAAAGAUUUUUCAGCCUUUACAUCUUAUUCAAAGAUGAGUCCCAAAAUAAAACCGAUAAAAUUUACUCUGCUGUCAAAAACAUCCUGAGGAUCCAGGCAUGUUUCCACUGGGGUCUUGUUGAAAUCAGAUUAGGAGAUUAGGAUCAUUUAUGCAGAUUACUUUAUAAACCAGAUUUAGCAGGGGAGAAGGAUUCUUCUGCAGGACCGUCGCAGCGAACGACUGCUGCCUGCAAGCAAUCAUAAUGCCAGUCAUAAAUGUCGAGGACUUGACAGACAAGGACAAGGCUCUGAUGGAAGUCAACCAACUUAAAAUUGAAGUGAAACUUCAAAGGUGGUUGACAUCGAAAUGCUGCGAGGAGAUCAAGGAUUACAUUCAGGCCGGAGUGGAUGAGGACACUCUUGUCAAAGGCAUUUCAGAGGAGAAGAACCCCUUCAAGGAGAAAGGUGGCUGUGUCCUUUGUUAGACUGAACAUGAAGUGUUCUUAAUAUCUCCGAUUAGCCACCAAGGGCAUUUUUCCUGCCCUCCCAAGACAGAUUUGCAGACUGAGAAGACUACAAGGGCAUAACGAACAGAAGAAUUGAUGCAACUUUUUUUUUUUAAUAAUAAAUUGCAUUCUAGUCAGAUCUGUACCCGAUAUCGUUUCCAUUUCACUGAAAUUAUUUAUAUAUAAGGUUAUAUUUAACGCUUCCUUCUCCUCUGUAAACAGAAUAAAUAAUACGAUGCCCAUACAAAGUCACCUAAUUAAAUGUGCUUGUUUAUA